AUCGCUCUCUGUUUCUCUGUUUCUCUCGGUUUCUCUCUGUUUCUCUCUGUUUUUGUGUUCUUCCUUGGAGAUUUUCAGACCAACCAAUUUUACCAUCUACUUUCUUUACAGCUUCUCUCCCAUUUGCCUCAUGUCUUUUGGGAUUAUGAGCAAAACCCAUUUCAGGAACUCUUGAAAAAGCUCUGCUUUUUCCAGCUGACCACUGCGGCAAAAGCCUGGGUUCCGAUGGCGAAUUGGAACGGCGCUCUGAGAAAAAGCUAUGGCUUCAGUGAAGAUUUGGAAGAAGAAGAUGUGUGGAAAUCCGUUGAAGGUAAAGAAGAUUCUUCAAGUUUUGUAACGAGAAAGUCUACUGAUUAUCGUCUUCCAACUGCACCGAAAAUGAUCCCGAAAUCCAUUGCAACAAGAACACACGAAACCCAGAUGAGGACUAAUCGAUCCUCUGCUCCGGUGGACAUUCCCGAUUGGGCUAAAAUUUACGGCAAGAUGGGCUCGUCGGACGGCGAGCUUUCAGGCCAGAAACCUGACGACAGAGAUCAAGAAGACAUCGCCGGUGAAGAAGACGACAUGGUGCCUCCUCAUGAAUGGAUUGCUCAGAAACUGGCGAGAAGCCGAAUUUCGUCUUUCUCUGUUUGUGAAGGGGUUGGUAGAACUCUCAAAGGAAGGGAUUUAAGCAAAGUGCGAAACGCCAUUUUAACGAAGACUGGUUUCUUAGAGUGAUACUUAACGGCCGAGAUGUUCAUCAUCACCGUUUUGUUCUUUUCUUUCCGCCAUUGUUAAGGUCUUUAGAGCUUAGAACAGAGUUUUUAGCAAGAACUGGAAGAAAAAACAAAAGAAAAUGCAAAAAAGAUGAAGAAUUUGUAGUCUGUUGAGAAUUCUAUCUGGUACCCAGAUGGGUUUUUUGUUUUCUGCUCUUAAUUUUCCCUCUCUCUCUCUCUCUCUCUCUGCUUCAUGUUCUGUGAUUUGGAACUUUGAAAAUGGGAGAAUUUGUUGUUUGCAGCCUUUCUUCCAUGGCUGAGUGCUUGCUUGAGGAUAAAUGCUUCAAAUGCUUCAACUUUAUGUUGUCAA